AUGCCGUCUUCUUCCGCGCGCAACGAUACUGCAGCCGCCCGUGUCCUCGGAGACGCCAACUUGGAUCUCGACAUGGGCAACGUCCGCCUUCCCUUGUCUGAAGACUACUUUGAGGAAGAUGAUCCCACAGAACGUGAUUCUCUGCUUACUCAGGAUCAGUCUCCUAUCUCUAAAGACAUGUCUUCCUCGAUCACUCCAGUGCGCAUAGUUGAUCCAUAUGCGCCAAAGUUUAUGGCACGCUACAUCUACCCAUCGGAACGACGUCCAGAGGCGCUAUCACCACCAAAACCAUCACCUCCAUCACCAGCACCAUCCUCCAAUGAGCUAAAUCUAAGCUAUUGGCCAAACAUAACAUAUCUGAUCAUGUCCUUCACCAAGAGCCUCAUCAACUUCGUCAUGGAAGACAACACACCUCGAGUCAUCGAAUACUCGGCCUUGGAGGUCAAGCAAAAGAUGAAAGAUAUCCAAGUCCAGGCCCGAGUCGCCGAGGCCCCGAAGUCCUCAGGUGCAACGAACUCGGCGCCGGAGAAAGUCAUUGGCAUUGUAGCGCUUGUAUCGAUGGGAGAGAACCAGCCACCUCAGGCAGUCUCAAUCACCGCGAAGCCAAAGCGCGUACGACAAUUGAUCAAAGGUUAUGGAGUGGUAAAUGUGGCGGAGGAUAUGUAUGGAGUCCAGAUCAAGGAGGCGCUGAAGAGCCUACGCGAGGCGGGAUGA